AUGACAGGUCCGAGUGGUGACUAUUAUACAAUUAAUAUUAAAAAUAAUAAUAAUAAUAAUAAUAAUUCUUCAUGUGAUUCCUAUAAAAAAUCCGAAUCCUUAGUAGUAUUGGUAACCGAUGACUCUGAAGGCCAGCCGCAACCCCCACUUUCUUUAAUAAAUAAUUACAGUAAAUCUUUUUACAACAUUUGUAUUGUAUUUUUAGUUUUAUUCCUUAGUGAAAGUGCCAGAGGUUUAGUUCUUCCAACAACUCCUUCCUAUGUUGAAACUGUUGGUGGAGAUUCCUCAUUUCUUGGUAUCGUAGUUUCAUCUUUUAGUGUGGGUAGAUUUAUUUCAACAAUUUUAUUGGGUUAUUUAUCAUCAAAAUUAAAAUAUAGAAAAGUUUUCAUUGGUUCUGUUGGAAUUUGUAUUGUUGGUUCUAUAUUUUAUUGUUUUGCUUAUUUAGAUAAUGGAGCUACCGGUAGAAUAAUUUUAAUUAUUUCGAGAUUAUUAUUGGGUUUCGGUGCAGGUACACUUAGUGCUGUUCGUGCUUAUAUUGCAGAGAUUUCAACACCAAAAGAAAGAACUACCUAUAUUGCAUGGGCUAGUGCAGUCCAAUUCUUUGGAUUUGCAAUUACUCCAAUUAUUGGAUCAACUUUACAAUUAUUACCAAUGUUUUAUAUUAUUCCACCAGUUAGUGUAAAUUCUUUAACUUCACCAGGCUGGUUUUUAACAAUUUUCAAUAGUGCUUUAUUAUUAAUUUUAAUAAUCCAAUUUUCAAAUCCAAUUAAAUCAACUUUACCAACUUCAAAUUCUUAUUUAAAAAUUCAACCACAAACCCAACAAGAACAACAACAACAACAACAACAAGAUAUUGAAACAUCAGAUUCAGUUUCAACAACUGGUUCUUGUAUAUCAACUGAUACUUCAACAUCUGACAAUAUUAUUAAAAAACAAUCAACAACAACAAAUAUUGAAGGUAAUGAUCAACAAUCAUUAAUUAAAAUAUUAAUUAAUGAUAAAAGUGCAUUGAAAAGUUUAUUAGUAUUUAUUAUAUUAAACUUUUUGGUGAGAGGUAUUCUUGGUAUUUUCGAAACUCUUGGUACCCCAAUUUAUUUAUUAUUAAUUGAUGAUAAAGAUGAUGGUACCUCUGGUUAUUAUUUCGGUGGUAUGGGUGUUGUUGGUAUUAUAAUUCUUCUUGGCAUUAGUUAUAUCUCUAAAAAGGAAUUAAUUAACGACUUUUGGAUAUUGAUAACUGGUAUUGCUAUCAUUAUUAUUGGGUGUGGUGUUUGUAUUACAAGUGAUUUGGGUUGGGUUAGAUUCACAAUUGGGUCUUUAUUAAUUUGGGGUUUCGGUUAUCCAUUAGCUCAAACUGUUAUUGUUUCAAUGUUUUCUAAAACUCUAUCUUCAUCAGUUGGUAAAGCAAGUCAAGGUACAUUAAUGGGUGUAAUUGGUAUGGCUGGUUCACUUGGUAGAAUAGUUGGCCCAUUAAUUAGUGGUAUGAUGUUUACUGAUACUGUUGAUUGCUUUUAUGUUUUCUUAUUUUCAACUUGUUUAGCAGUUGUAACUUUUGUAAUUUCAAUUUUAAUAUUACCAAAAGAGAUUUUAGAUAGUAUCAAUUCACUUUUCUUUGAAAAAUUAUAUAAAGUUAAAUCUUUUAUAAAUAGAAAAGUUAAUAAUGUUAAUUUUGUCAACUUAAAUGAAAAUGUUGACGAUUUAAUUUAA